AUGGGGCCUUACUUUCCAAAUUGGAUUCAAAAACAGAAUUCUCUUAGUGAACUCUCUCUCUCUUUUGCUGGUAUAUCCGACACAUUACCCAAUUGGUUGUGGAAUAGGUCUUUUAUGGAAUAUUUAGAUCUCUCUCACAAUAAUAUUAGUGGUAGGAUGCCUGAUUUGACCAUGUCUAUUUAUGAGAUUCUGGAUUUAAGUUAUAAUAAUCUAUCAGGCCCAAUUCCAUUGUCAGUUUUUCGACAUUCAGCGAACUUGAGACUUUCUAAGAACCUAUUAUCCGGAUCCAUUUCCAACUUAUGCACAAUUUCUGAGCGGCUCCCAGUCCAAGCCCUUGUUCUCUCGAAUAACCAAUUAGACGGUGAGCUUCCUGGUUGCUGGAUGAACAUGCAUGAUCUAACUGUUCUUGAUUUGGCAAAUAAUAAGCUCUCAGGUAAAAUUCCCCCCAGUUUAAGCACUCUGAGAUUCCUUUCGAUAUUGCAUUUGGGUAACAAUAAUUUCACUGGUGAAUUGGGUUCCUGUUUGAAGAAUUGCAAACGGUUGAAAAAGUUAGAUGUGGGGGGAAACAAGUUAACAGGUAAAAUUCCAGCAUGGAUAGGAACACACCUAAGAGGUUUGGCUGUUCUUAACCUUCGAUUUAAUAGUUUUCAUGGAUCCAUUCCUCUAACAAUCUGCUACCUUACUGUCGUUCACGUCUUGGACCUUUCUAGGAACAACAUUUCAGGAAAAAUUCCCCGAUGCUUAAACAAUUUUACUUCUUUGGCUCAGAAUGAUGGUUCACCUAUUCUUGAUAGGAACAUUUGGUUGGAAGGGCAACAAAUAGAAGACGAUGACAAUGCUUUGGUUCAAUGGAAAGGACAAGAAUCAGAAUAUAAAAGACUAAAAAAUAUGAAAGGCAUUGAUCUUUCUAGCAAUAAGUUGGUCGGAACUAUUCCUCAAGCCUUUUCUGAUUUGAAAGGUUUACUUUUCAUCAACUUAUCUAGAAACCAUUUAACAGGGAAUAUCAUUUCAAACAUUGGUCAAUUGGACACAUUAGAAUGGCUUGACUUGUCUCGAAAUCAACUUUCUGGGGAGAUUCCGAGUGGACUUGCAAAUCUACAUUUUCUUAGUUUUUUGGACUUAGCAUACAAUAAUUUAACUGGGAAGAUUCCACUAAGCACUCAACUACAAAGCUUCAACUCAUCUACAUACAUUGGGAAUGAUCAACUCUGUGGAGAUCCAUUGGCGGAGUGUCCUCAUGACCCUUCUGUGACUAAUCAUGGCAAGGUCAAUAUUGUUCAAGAAGAUGAUAGGUUUAUAAAUCGAGAUUUCUAUUUCUGCAUGAUAUUUGGUUUUAUUAUUGGGUUCUGGGUGCCCCUUUUUGAAGAAGUUGAUGGCUGGAGUGGUGCACGGGUUGCAACUGGUGUUGUUCUUUAA